AUGUAUAAUAAUAGUAAUAGUAAUAAUAAUAACGGUAGUAGAAAAAGAUCAAGCCCACCAUUAUAUAUAAAUAAUAAUAAUAGUGGCAAUUAUAUAUCACCACCCUCUCCAUUAUCGCCAAAACAAACCAAUAAUUUUCUUUUUAAUAAUGGUGGUUUUAAUUCAUUUGAAAAUCCUCAACAACAAUCUCCUCCACAACAACAACAACUUUUAUUUACAUCACCAAUACCAACUAGACCACAAAAUCUAUAUCAAUACAUCGAUGAAAAUGAAUUAAAUACAGGUUAUAAUAAUAGUAAUAAUAAUAAUAAUAAUAAUAAUAAUAAUAAUAAUAAUAAUAAUAAUAAUAAUAAUAAUAAUAAUAAUAAUAGUAAUAAUAAUAAUAAUAGUAAUAAUAAUAAUAACAACAAAAUGAUAACUACAACCACUACUACAACCACAAAAUCAAAUAAUGACUAUAAGAAGAAAAUAAAAAAACAAAUUAAUUUUAAAUUGGAUAAUUUACAUGAAAGCAGUGAAGAGGAAGAAGAGGAACAACAAGAAGAAGAGGAAGAAGAAGAAGAAAAAGAAGAACUAAAUUAUAUUAAUAAUAAUAAUAAUAAAAAUGAUGAUGACAAUAAUAGUCAAGAUGAAGAUAAAGAAGAAGAUAAAUACCAUGAAACUAAUACAGAUUUUGGAUUAUUAAGUGUUGCAUCAAAAGAGGAUUUAAUGAUUUGUUUAAAUGUUUUAAAAAAAGAAAUGGGUCAAUUUAAAAAUUUAUCUCAAAAUUUAUUAUCAAGAUUACAAAUAUUAGAGAAUGGUAUUGGUCAAGAGAAAAUGAUAAGAUUAUUAAAUAAUAAUAAUAAUUAUAAUAUGAAUGGUAGUAGUGAUAGUAGUGAUAGUAGUAAUAGUAGUGGCCAUAGUAGAAAUAAUUCUGAUGAAAAUAUGAUCGAUUGUUAUUAUGUCACUAGAAAUAAUAAUAAUAAUAAUACCAAUUCAUUAUUAAUACCACCAGCACCACCACAAUUACAACAACAACAACAACAACAACAAUUUUAUAGUCAAGAUGCAGUUAUGAUUUCAACAUACCUUUUAGAAGUUCAAAAGAUUGUUGAAAAACAAAGACAAUAUGAUAGUUUAUUAGCACAAAGAGAAAAGUAUUGGGAUAUUGAAUUAAAUAAAAUUACAAUGGCAAUUUUAAAUAAACUUGGUCCAAAUCCAUCAACAACUGUUGAUUUACUAAAUUUACCAAUGAAUAAUAUGAACAUUAAUAAAAAUAAUAAUAGUAAUAAUAAUAAUAAUAAUAAUAAUCAUAAUUAUAAUAAAAAUAAUAAUAAUAAUAAUAAUAAUAAUAAUGAUUUUUCAAAUUUUAAUAAUGAUGAUUGCUUUUAUAAUAGUAAUAAUAGUUGUAAUAGUGAAGAUUUUGAUUCAUUUACAGCAUUAAAUAAUAUAAAUAAUAGUAUUAUAAGGAAUCAAAGUAGUAAUAGUUUAAAUUUAAAGGAUGAUUCAGAGGAAACAAAUUUCAAUAGUUUAAAAUCUAAAACAAAUAAUAUCUUUAAAAGAUUUUAUAUUUAUUUAUUUGGAACUAAAAAAACAAUUACAUUUUGGAAAAAAGUUGCAAUCAUUGCUAUCAUUGUAAUAGUAUGGCCUUUAAUUGCAAAUUUAACUUAUAAAUUUAUUGUUUAUUUAAUAAAUAAAAGAAGAUUAGCUAAAACUCAACCAUUUAUAAUUGGAAAUAAUAAUACUAGUAAUUAUAAUAGUUCAACUGCAAUUGGUAAAAGUUUAAAACCAAUUAAAUCUUCAAUUUUAGUACCUUCAUCUUCAUCAUUACCAUCUUCAUCUUCUUCAUCAUCAUCCACUUCUUCGUCAUCCAAUUUAUUAUUACCUUCAUCAAUUAAUAAUGGCACUAAUGCAUUUAAAAAGAUUAAAUCGUCAUUAAUGAAAAAGAAUUCCGAUAUAAGUAGUGGUGUUGGUAAUGUUGUUAGCAGUGUUGCAAGUAAUGUUGUUGGUGGUAGUGGUUCAGGGGUUGGUGCACCUGAUUUUGUAAAAGCAUUUAUCCAAGGUGUUAGUACUGGUGAUGGUGGUUCAAAUGAUAAUUUAACAAAUAAUGCAUUAUCAUCAAUUACAAAUACAUUUGGAAAUUUAAAUACAGUUGCAAACUCUUCAAUUGCACCAUCUAUUGGUUCAGGUUUAAUUGGAUCUUCUAUUUCUCCAUCCUCUUCAUCCUCCUCUUCAUCAUCUGCUAAUACAGCAUCAAAUAUAAUUAAUAAUUUUACACCAUCAGCUUUAAGUCAACUUAAUUUACCUGGUAGUUCAUCAUCAUCAUCAUCUUUUAGUAAUCCUGUUUCUUCAAUUGCUAAUAAUUUUAUGUCUGAUUCAAAUAGAUCACCAUCAUCAUCCUCAUCAUCAUCCUCAAGUACAAGUGAUUCAGAGAAUGGAAUGUUAAAAUUAGUUAGAAAUUUAUUAACUCAUAGAUAA